GGGAAGGAACGACAGAGAGCGAUGCGGAGCUUUUGAGGAGCAGAAACAUCCAGACGACGUGUGAAGCUCCACAUGUCUCCUCUCUCUGACUGAAGAGCUUUUCAGAAGAGACUUCAGCAGCUGUUUGAUUUGUGGUGCCAUUAUAGCGCAUUUCACUCUGAACUUCCAACCAUCAGUGAGUUCCCAGCAGACCCUGCAGCUCCCUGAAGUGACUGAACAUGACGGGUCAGACUGUGGGAGCCAUCAUCCAGGACCUGUCACCGCCUUCACUAGGGGGUGUGGAGGGACUGGAGUCCAGGCCCCUGGGUGGGGCUGGGUCCUUCAGUGAUGAGGCUGUUUCCAUCCUGACCUCCACGAGCCAGCUGGCCCGAACCCUCCUGGGCCGCACCUUUGCCCUCAAACACAAAGAGAGCCUCGCCAGCAGCGAAGCUAAGGCUGGCAGCAGCUGUGAUGAAGACAGCGGCAACAGCGCACGCCGCAAACGGGAGUUCAUCCCCAACGAGAAGAAAGAUGAAGGCUACUGGGACAAGAGAAGAAAAAACAACGAGGCAGCCAAGCGGUCCAGAGAGAAGCGGCGAGCCAAUGACAUGGUGCUGGAGAGGCGGGUCCUGGGUCUGCUGGAGGAAAACGCUCGCCUGAGGGCCGAGCUGUUGGCCCUCAAGUUUCGGUUCGGUCUGGUCAAGGACCCAUCUGAAGUGACCAUCUUGCCGCUCUCUGCACCUCUCUGUGCUCACCCGCCACCCAGUACAACACAUUACUACCAGCCUCACACUGAUGGACCCUCAUACCUCAACUCACAGCAAAAUGUCAGCACCCACCACAUCCACCCUCACCCUCCUCAGCAGGCUGCCGUCUACGGACAGAGGGGAGCCGGGCCUCAGUCAAGUCACAGUGUAUCCGAGGAGUCUGGCAUUUCCACCUCAUGUAGCUCAAACAGCCCUGUGUUUUUUGAUGACGCAUUCAGCGAACGUGGUGGGCCUUCUCCAAGGGAGCUGGUGGAGGAGCAGCAGGACUACGACUCCCACAUCUGUCCCCUGGAGGUCAACGAGGGUCAGUAUGUGAACAAACAAGAUUCACCUGAGGGUUUGAGGAGCCUCCCGCACAAGCUCCGCUUCAAAGGCCCCAGUGGCAGCAGUGAUGGAGGGGAGAUGUCUCCUCCCUCUGAUAACAGACACAGUGGACCACCUGUAGCUACAGUGGAGCCAAACAUCCAGGUGAGGAACCACCAACAGGCAGGGUGGGACAGCAGGGCAGAGAGUCAGGCUCCCUGGUCCAGGGAGGAGGCCAGUGGUGGAUUUGGGAAGCAGUAUCAAGGUCCGUCCUCUGGAUAUUAUACCUCACCCUCUCUGCAGAACUCCAGGGACACUAAGUAUACGACAGAGGACGUCAGUCUGAGGUCGCAGAUCAGCUGUUUGUCUCAGGAAGUGGCUCAGCUCAAGAGGCUCUUCUCUCAGCAGCUGCUCUCCAAGAUCGCAUAAAACCAGAACACAGGAGGAUCAAAUGCAGGCUAAAGCCAACAGACGGAUUUCACCUCAAAUCUUUACAGAAUAUCGAUCUCACAGACUGCUGAUUAUUCCACUGUGCAGCAUGGCACCAGUGUAAACAGCCAGCUCUGAAAUUACAAAUUUAACACCAGUUUCACUGGAAAAAUCUUAGUUUAGUGAUCUGUUUGCUCCAUGAUGGUCAGCACAUCACUACCAGCAAAGACAUUUAAUUUUUAAAAUCAUGCUCAGUAACAAAAAAGAACUAAAAGGUGAUUCAUGAGUGAUUCAUUGUGUCCUCGGAUCAUGCUGAUCUCCGGCGAGUUGAAACGUGCUGUACAGCUCUGAACACCUCGGUCACAAACAAACACUGGAAGAACAUGUUAGAUGCUAAGCAUGCACACAGUCAUUAUGUGUAGCACCUCAGUCUGAAUGUGAACAUUAACACGUGUCCACAUGUGAGACAAUAUACAUUUGUUUAACCUUUCAGUACAAGAUAUGUUGUGUAUAACAUUGUCUUGUGUUAAAUGUGUGAUAAAUAUGAUUUUUUUUUUUGUGUACUGUGGUUUUGUUUUGUUCACUAUAUCUGUUUCUGGUUUAUCUUAUGGCAGCAAGGUACAUAGAAAUCACUGUCAUCAUCACUGUACACACCUGUCACUGAGGUGAAUUGUAUUUGAAAAUAAAAAUAUAUUUUAUCCAAGGA